AUGAAUUAAGAGAUUUCAAAGGAAAUAUUAGCACUUUCAAUUCAUGUAACAGCAGCAGCAUCUUAGAUUACAAUCUAAACUUAAUAAAGAAUGACUUUAGUGACAAACAGUGUAUUAGAGACAGUAAGCUAAACAAUGAAGAUAAUAAAUUGUUUAAUUUUGUACUCUUAGAAGCAGUCAAAUUUGGAAGCAGUGACAGAGGAACGAGAAGAUGAUUGGUUGAAGGACUCAAAAACAAAAGAGUGUAUUAAUGAAUAGUUUUAAAAGAAUAUGUAGAGUGAUUGUUUUAAUGUUGAAGUGAUGGAAAAUUAAAAAUAAAUAGAAAAUUAUAAUGAAAAUAGAAUCUUAAGAUAAGUAAGUUAAUUGAGAGAUUAAAGUAUAUAAAAAUCAAAUAAAAUUUUAUCUGCAGAAUAUCCAAAAUUUAGUGUAGAUUAAGAUGAAAAUUCAACUCCAAUUUAGAUAAGAAAAGCAUCCCUAUUAUCACAAUAACUUUCUUAGAUAAAAGUAGAUAAAUAAAAAGAAGCAGAAGAAUAAAAAGAGUUAAUGAAAUUAAUAGAAUCAGUAGAUCCUGAAGAAUUAAUUCCAAAAUUAAAGUCAAUUGAAAUUUAUGAUGAGUAAAAACAAACUUCUAGUCAUAAAGAUGUUUUAGUAUAUUCAGAUAAAUAACAAAUUGUUAUUAAUUAAUAAGAUGAAGAAUAGUAAUUAAUAGAUUCUCCAAAUAAAUCGGAAUGGUAUGAAAGUUCUUCAGUUGAAUAUAGAGCUACUUCUUAUAAUACAAAUGAAUCUUCAAAUUUGGAUCAUCAUUCUUACAAAUGGAGAAGUAGUAGUUUUGGAGAUGAUAAUAUAAUAUAGGAGUGUGGAUUUCAAUUUUAAUCUUCAGUAUUCGAUUUUCCAUUUCCAGAAGAUUUUUGUGUUAAUAGUUAAAAUAUUCAUACAAAUAUUUAAAAUAUUGAAAACAAAAAUUAGCAUACUCCUAAGAAAAAGAGAUUAUAUUGUAAUAAUAAAAAAGUGCCACAUUGGGCUGAAAAUUUAGAAGUAAAACUUUUAUCUUAUUUAAUUAGAAAGUAUCGUAGCAUUAAUAUUAAUAAUAGAAUUUAUCAUAAAAUUAAAUAUUUGGUAGAAUGAAAUAAAGAGUUUUAGAAAUUGCAAAAUAAUUUUCAUAGAAUAAAUUUAAUAAAAGGGGUAGUUCUGCUCAUUGGCAUCCAUCAAAUGAGAAAUAAUAUGAAUAGAUGUAGAAGCAGAUGAUGAAGUUAUAAUAGAUUUAAGAUGAAAACUUAGUUAAGUUAAAAUAACAUUAAUAAGAUGUAUGAUUUUGUGAUGUAAAAUUUAGUCAAUUAAAAAAAAUUAAGGAAUAUAUGCUAAGACAUAAUACUUUUUAACAAGCAUCAAAAAAAAGAUAUUAAAUUCUUUUGAAAAAGAAUAAAAGUACAAAAAGGUUUGA